GUGUUGCUUCCCUUUGACCUCGAGUGCACACAGGAGAAGUCAUGCUACGUCAUGUAUGAGGCGUUGACCAAUCAGACAGUCAAUCUGGCGGAUUUCGGAGAAGAAGUCGAAGACACAGACGAGGAUGUGGCCGAUUACUUGAUCACCAACUUUGCUAUCCUGCCCACUAAACGUGAGCUGCCGCUCUAUUACAAAGUGAUUAAGCAGCCCAUGGACUUCUACAAGAUUGCCAUAGGUCUCUGUAACGGCGCCUACGCACGCAGUGACGGGGUGGCGCUGUUUGCCCAGCACAUCCAAUUGAGGCAAGCACUCUAUGCAUAG